UGCUUCUGUUCCACCUGGGAUCACUAAUACCCCCCCCCCCCCAACAAUUGCACCUGGGACCUUCCAUUGAGCCAAACCAUUGCAGCAGGUGCACAAGGUGGAAAGAGCUGCUCUGGAGAUAAAAUACAGAAAAAUAUUCAAAGCCAAAGAGUGUUAGUAAAAUGGGGCACUUUAUAGCAGUGUCCUGUCUUCAGAAAGCAACUAACCCCCUUGGAGACAGCACAGAAACGGCCCAUUCAUUCAUCCUGCGGCUGCCUGGCUCCCGCUCCUCCCAGUGCCGCGCCCCCCUCCACGCUUGGAAGCUCGCUCACGCCCUCCGGAGCCACUUUCGUGGGACCAUGGCCAAAGGCAAAGGGGCGGAAAGCGCGUCGUCCACCGGGCUGCUGCAGCCGGGUCUCCUGAAGCAGGACGAGCUCCGGCAUGCCAAGAAGGAAAGCAAAGAGAAACUGUCUGUGUGCAACAAACUCUGCUAUGCUGUCGGCGGCGCUCCCUACCAGAUCACUGGCUGUGCCCUGGGGUUUUUCCUGCAGAUCUACCUGCUGGAUGUCGCACAGCUGGACCCUUUCUAUGCCUCCAUCAUCCUCUUUGUGGGUCGAGCAUGGGAUGCUAUCACCGACCCCAUGGUGGGUUUCUUCAUCAGUAAAACCCCUUGGAGCCGCCUCGGACGCCUGAUGCCCUGGAUCAUCUUCUCCACUCCAUUUGCUGUGAUCUCCUACUUCCUGGUAUGGUUUGUGCCAGACAUCUCAAGUGGCCAAGUGAUGUGGUAUCUUCUCUUCUACUGCACGUUCCAGACCCUUGUGACGUGUUUCCACGUUCCCUAUUCAGCGCUCACUAUGUUCAUCAGCAGGGAGCAGAGCGAACGGGAUUCCGCUACCGCCUAUCGUAUGACGGUGGAGGUGCUGGGCACCGUGCUGGGCACGGCCAUCCAGGGGCAGAUCGUGGGCCAGGUGGACACGCCGUGCAUUCAGGACUCCCGCCUCUUCAGCGUCACUAACUCUUCGGUGGCCGUGGAGGAGGUGAACAUUACCCGUGACGCCGGCUCCCUCACAGAUACGAGAAACGCCUACAUGAUCGCAGCGGGAGUCAUUGGUGGGAUCUACAUACUCUGCGCCGUUGUCCUGUUUCUGGGCGUGCGGGAGAAGCGAGAUGCCUCUCAGCUCCAGUCGGAUGAGCCCAUCUCUUUCUUCCAGGGGCUGAAGUUGGUGAUGAAGCACGGUGCCUACAUCAAGCUGAUUACGGGCUUCCUCUUCACUUCGCUUGCCUUCAUGCUGCUGGAAGGGAACUUUGCCUUGUUUUGUACCUACACCCUGGGAUUCCGCAACGAAUUCCAGAACAUCCUGCUGGCCAUCAUGCUCUCUGCCACCUUGACUAUCCCCCUCUGGCAAUGGUUCCUCAUGCGCUUUGGGAAGAAAACGGCUGUGUAUGUUGGGAUCUCGUCUGCCAUCCCCUUCCUCAUCAUGGUGGUUGUUCUGGAGAGUAACUUGAUCGUCACCUACGUUGUGGCCAUUGCAGCUGGGAUCAGUGUCGCUGCUGCCUUCCUCUUACCAUGGUCCAUGCUGCCGGAUGUCAUAGACGACUUCAACCUCCAGCACCCAGACGCCCAUGGCCAUGAGGCUAUUUUCUUCUCCUUUUACGUCUUCUUCACCAAGUUCACCUCCGGGGUGUCUCUGGGGAUCUCCACACUCAGCUUAGACUUUGCAGGAUAUAAGACCCGGGGCUGCUCCCAGCCCGAGGAGGUGAAAUUCACGCUGAAGAUGCUGGUGUCGGCAGCCCCGGUGGGGCUGAUCCUGCUGGGCCUGCUCCUAUUCAAGCUGUACCCCAUCGACGAGGACAAGCGGAGGGAAAACAAGAAGGCCCUGCAGGAUUUAAGGGAGGAGGAAAACAGCAGUGACUCAGACUCCAUGGAACUCGCCAGCAUCGUGUGACCCCAGCUCCCCUCCAUCUCCUGUUUACACACUGGGCGUCUUCGGGAACUGGACGAGUAACCAUGUUACCUGGAGAUUCUGGUGACGUGCUACACGGGGCUUUGUGGAGCAUCUGUGGUGAAUGUUACAGGGGUCUGCAGGCAGUGGUCUCGUGCCAUCCACGGGAUCCAGAGAGUGCCAGUAGUGUACAUUACACGGGAUCUAUUCAGUACUGCACUAAUGUGCCUCUUAACGAACAAACACUACACCAGCCUGGCCCCCGCAGCACUGUCUGCAGAGCCCAGCAGCCUGAGCCAGGAAGCUAUUGCUCAUAACACAUGGGAGACUUGUGUGUACUGUCUGCCUCUCACACACUGAUUUGCCUGGUACUGCGGGCACCAAAUAUAGCACAGAUCCUUGCAGUACUGACUCUGGAUCGCCCGUGGACCCAUGUGGUGCUGGUAGUGUACAUUACACUGUUAAUGUGAAUGAGCUGAAGAUUAACUCACCUGAACUAUCUGUAAAAGAAGGACACUAAUGUAGAAAGAGAUGGUUUUUUAUAAAGUCUAAUUAAUUAAAUAACUUAAUGAUGUAAAUAGAAUUUUUUUUUUCCUAUUUGUAUAUGUCUGUAUGGAAUUCAAACUGGAACUGUUAAUAUUAAUUUACAUAAAAGUGGGGAAAUGUCA